AUGGUGAACAGGUUAAAGGUGAUAAUGCCUGAUAUUGUUGAUGACUAUCAGAAUGCCUUCAUCCCAGGCAGAUUCAUGGUGGAUAAUUGCUUUAUGGCGUCAGAGUUAAUGAGUUAUGUCCGUAGAAAGAAAAAGGGGAAGCAGUUUGCAGCAAUCUUGAAAGUCGACCUAAGCAAGGCAUACGAUAGAGUUCGUUGGGAUUUUGUGGAAAGUGUUUUGGUGGCUUUGAAGUUUCCGACUACGCCAGGGCGACCCUCUUUCACCUUAUCUGUUUAUUCUUUAUAUGAAAGUAUUAUCAAAGAGGUUAAGAAAACUUCAAAGGUUGAAGAAAAUCUCAGCCCCAACACGCCCUCCUUGUUCAUUAGACUUCUCAAAAGACCGUUGAGUGUUAAAAGUGAUACUCGCUUGGGAACCUACUUGGGGUGUCCAAUGGAUGUGGAUGGAAGAUCAACAUCGCAACUAUCUCUUAUUCAUGACAAACUCCUCCAGAAGCUGAGCUCUUGGAAAUUUAUACAUCUUUCACAAGCUGGGAAGAUUGUCUUGAUAAAUGGAAUUCUUGUGGCUCUCUCGGCAAAUAUUCUCUCGCUCUAUUUGAUACCUGCAGGUUUAACAAAAAGAAUUACCUCCACAAUUAUGAGGUUCUGGUGGAGCUCUUUAAUGGAUAGAAGACCCAUAUAUUGGAGGAAGAAGGAGGUUUGGGGAUUAGAAGUUUGGGAGGAGUCUGACGAUCAUUUGUUUCGAGAUUGCUCUAUGUCCGAUCACAUUUGGAGAUCCAUGGCAAUGAGAGGCAAUGCCUCGCCAGGUGUUGAUAUCAGCAAAUAG